GUAGAAACCCCUCUAUAAUUUCCCCUCCAAAACAAGCACAUCAACAUCACAAAAUAUCUUUUCUUUUAAAGUCAUCUCAAAAAAGUCUCAUAAUAUUAGAGCAAGAUGGCCAGUAAGUAUAAUAUUUCACAUCAUAUUUUAAAGGUCUUACAGAUACAGUCUAUUUCGUUGUCAUUUGUGCUUUUGUCCAUUCAUUUACCCAGGUAAUUGUGAUUCGAGGCUGACUUCUUUUCUAUAGGCUUCCACGAUGUCGCAAGUAAGUUAUAGUAUAUUAAUCGCGCCUGCGACGUAGCAAAUGUUAUUGAGCCGUCAUGAGUGUCUUGUGCGAAGAUGCAUGCCCUAUUCGCAACUUCGAGCAGCAUGCUAAUCAGGCCAUCUGCUACUAGAGCAAUUCACCGAAUUCUAUUACAACCAGUUCGAUGCGGACAGGAAGCAGUUGGCUCCUCUUUACGUUGGUAACUUCAUUACCUAGAAAACGGUCAUUACUGAUAAAUCUCAGCGUGACACGUCCAUGUUGACUUUUGAGUCCGCUUCUCUCCUUGGAGCUCCCGCCAUCGUAGAGAAGCUCGUAGUACGUUGAAUAUCCUUCUUAUUGCAGAUCAAUCCUAAAAUAGGCUGGCACAGUCUCUUCCUUUCGAGAAAGUAAAGCACCAAGUUUCGACACUCGAUGCGCAACCAACUGGAGAUCUCGGUGGAAUUUUGAUUUUGAUCACAGGAGCAUUGUUGGUGAGUCUAAACUUUUAUACGCUCGUGCAAACAUAAUUAGCCAUCGUGCCGUGAUUCAUUCCAAACGCUAAUGACAACUCUCCCAGGUCGAUGAGGAGCAAAGACCGAUGAACUAUAGCCAGGCUUUCCAGCUUAUGCCAGAUGGAGCUGGGAGCUAUUUCAUUUUCAACGAUAUCUUCAAGCUGGUUUUCGGAUAAGUUUGUAGCAAGGAAUGUUGGGUAAAUAUGAGGGUCGGUGGUCGAGAAGAGGAGAUGUUGGUCCAUUUUGCAAAACUUUAUACCAGCUUCCUAUUGAAGAGGGGAUGUAGUGAAGAUAUCAAAUAAGAAAUGACAUAAAAACGGCACAAUUCAAUGAUCCUCAUAUUCCCCUCUAUCAAUCAUGCAUCUGCCGAUCAAGAUAUUUAUGGAGAGAUAAUCACAGUCCCCCUCAUGUUGCACUAGCUUCAGUGUUA